GGCCGGAGGCGGCGGCGAGAGCGGAGCCUCAGCGCGGAGGAGCCGGCUCUGCCCGGCAGCGGUAUUGCCAGGCAUCUGAAGUGGUUGACUGAGACCUAAGGAUUUGGAACAGUGGUGUAUGAUGUCAAACAGUGGGCACUCUUUGUAGCCUCCCCCACCAGCCUGCAGUGUCAUGUGCCAGUAUGAAUGUUAAGAAAGAAACGCAUACUUCAGAACUCAGCAUCCCAGAAAGAAAAAGGACGAACUGAACAGAGACAGCAAAUGAUUGCAGCGCUUACAAAACUUGAGGCUGUUCACUUUUUCUCCUGAGAAGCUUCAUCUUGGCCUUUGUGAGAGAGUUGAGAAAGUAGGCAGAGCAGCCACAGUGAUUUUCUUAGGGUCCUUUUCCUUUUUUAAUUUAAUUUUUUCUCCCUUGUGUCUGGAUUUAAAGUGUGCUGCACUGAUCACAAGCACUGGACAUCAAUAUGUGUCAUGUCAUUGUAACGUGUCGGUCGAUGCUAUGGACUCUUCUGAGUAUCGUGGUGGCUUUUGCAGAGCUCAUUGCCUUCAUGAGUGCAGACUGGCUGAUUGGUAAAGCAAAGCCUUCAAGCUCUGAGGAGGUGGACAACAGAACAGGGGGACCUCAGGAGCCCUACCGUCCAACGCUGGGCAUCUACGGGCGUUGCACCAGGAUCUCCCACAUGCAGUUCUCUAGACGAGACACGCUUUGUGGUCCUUAUGCUGAAAACUUCAAUGAGAUUGCCAGUGGUUUCUGGCAGGCAACCGCUAUUUUCCUAGCCAUAGGAAUCAUGAUUCUCUGCACCGUGGCAUUUGUGUCUGUCUUUACUAUGUGUGUGCAGAGUAUUAUGAAGAAAAGCAUUUUUAAUGUCUGUGGGCUGCUACAAGGGAUUGCAGGGCUCUUCCUUAUCUUAGGCUUGAUACUUUACCCUGCAGGUUGGGGAUGCCAGAAGGCGAUAAGCUAUUGUGGACCUUAUGCUUCUGCUUACAAACUAGGAGACUGCUCCUUGGGCUGGGCUUUCUACACAGCUAUCGGCGGCACUGUUCUGACAUUCAUCUGUGCAGUCUUCUCGGCGCAAGCUGAAAUAGCCACAUCCAGUGACAAAGUGCAAGAAGAAAUAGAAGAAGGAAAAAACCUUAUCUGCCUCCUUUAACUCCAGUGGGGAAAAAUACCAGCACCUGGAUCUUUAUCUGCUUUCCAUUGACUGGGCAAGCAGAUCCAUUUACCUGUUUUUACCAUUUGUGUGAUUGAGCCCCAUGCAUUCCAGCCCUGAACUACUGAAAGGGUCUUUCUUCUUUGCUGGGCAAUGAGGAUCAGAGAAAGGAUCCCAAGAAAGCAGAAUGUAAAUACUUGGGGAUAUUUUUAGUUUCAUUCUGUGAUCAGGACCCAGUGGAAUAUAUUAAUCCAACUGGGGAUGUGAGUAAUCACAUGUAUAUAGCAUGAAUGUUGUUAAAACUGAAAAAUUCUGAUUGAUUGGAUUGUCUAACCCACCUUGGUCACUUUGAAGAAUUUGGGUUUAAAAUAAUAAAAGCCAGCACAUUUUUUUUUUCUUAAGCAAAAGAGAACCCUAUUUUAAUGAAGCUUUGUUUCCAGUGGCUCCCCUCACUGGUGAGUAUUUCUUCACCAUCAACUGGUUUGGUACCAUUUUCAUGGAGGUGCUUUUUGGUACUGAACUUCCUAGAAGUACAGUGCCUUCUUGGAUAUUAACUCUGUGUUGGGGAGAGCUGACAUUUACACCAAUCUUAAGGCAUUUAGAAAGUCAAGUCCUUGACAGAUUUCUCUCUCUUGAAACUUAGAGCACAUGGUGUGUGCAACGUAUUGCAGGUUAAUAUUGUUUCCACUGACUAGACAGAGAAGCUGUUGUUAGACUGGCUCUCCUGAUUCAGAUAAAACUGAAAUAUUUCUACAGCCUUCAUUAAAGUUUCUGAAAUCUCAAGCAGGUAACAGCUCCCCACAGCACCAGCCUUAUCUGGGCUGCAGCCUCUACUACAACUGUGGGUUCCACAUUGUACUUUUUUCUCUCGUCAGUGAAAUAUCAUUCCCAGUCUACAGAUCAGUCUGUCUCAUGACCCAGACGCACAUGAGUCUUUAGGAAACUUAAAUUUUUCAGGAAGCCUUUACAAAUUCUAUGUAGCUGGGAAGAUUUCUUUUCCUUUUUUUUUUUUUUUUUUUUUUGGUGUGUGUAGUAGUAGAUGUUUUUCCAGCUACUUCGGCAGAACUUAAACAGACCUUGCCACAAAUGCCUUUUUUUUCUCAAAGCCAGCUCGUUGUGUUAUUUGUGGUGUUGCCUCACUUACUAGAACUACUUCUGAUAACAAGUUUGUAAGGUAUUUUAACAAACAAAGGAAUGAUGCAACUGUACCAUAGGAGCAUUGGGGAUAAUUGAUCUGAGUAGUUCUAAUUAAAUACUAGGUGAAUUUUAGAUUCCUUUUCUUAUUUCUUGGUAAUUUAACAUCAUCUAGUGACAGUAUUGCUUCACUAUUACACAGAGCAGAGAUUCUUGGUUUUGCCUGGUCAGUCCCUUAAAAUGUGCCAUUAGUUAUUAAAAAAUUGUUGUUACUGUCCAGGUAGGUAGCUGCUUUCAAGGCACUCCUGACGUGCUUCACAGGUUAAGAGCUGUUCAGCAGUCCUGACGGUGGGCCCGGGGCAGCCUGAAGGAUUGGUGAAUAGUCACAGAGCUGGGGUCCCCUUCCAGCACCUGCUGCCCACCACAGUCACAGAGCAGCUCCAGCCUGUGCCUCUGUGCCCAUGGCACCUGCAGCCUGUGCGCUGGACAGAUACACAGGUGACCUCUGAGACGUGGUGCAAAAAGGUCAACUUCUGCCUGUAUUCAAAAAGGGAUUGUUUUAACCUAGCCUCUUCUUGCAUUCACCUGCUCCUGCAACCCACAUCCACCAUCUUCUACUUUAAAACAGGGAACUCAUGUUCUUUUAAACAUUGAAUUUAAAUCCCCUUCAAAAGUUAUUGUCUGGGACCAACUGCCUGCACAAAUCAAGAUUUUAAUAAAGCAAAAUUACCAGCACAAAGUGGUGCCUGAGGGUGAAAAUCAGAGCCUACACACCCUGUCCACACUUGUGUGACUCGUUGGCUUUGCCCCAUACACAUCCCCCACACCUGAAGGAUAUGCACUGGGCUUGUACCUGGAGUCCAGCAAGCCUUCCUCCAGGCAUUCCUCCUGAGCCCUUCUGGAGCAUGCACUGAAUGUGGGUCACUAGCUCAGCUCUGCCCUGCCCUCAGGGGCCCUGCAGUUGGAAAAGAGGGGGUAAGCAGUUGUAUGAGUACCAUAUAAACCAGCUAAAAAUUAAUUACUAAGCAGAUGUAUGGUUUUAGCUUCCUUAGGUAGGUAGCAAUCCAAAGUCAGGUCACCACUGCCAACAAGUCUUGACACAGUAUUAGGGUGAAAAAUGCUGCAUUGGCUUGAGCACUUGAUUAGCCAGAAUCAGGUCAGGUUAGUCCUUACAAAGGUUGAGAGAACACACUCUGCUCUGGUUGAGAAGUAAACAACGAACAACUUCAUUCUGCUGUGAUCCACAUGAUGCUUAAAAAAAAUUCAAUAGUAUGUUUUUAUUUGGGUUUGGGUUUUUAAGUAUUAAAGAGAUUUUCAGUGGCACAUUUUGCUUUUGUUUGCAUUCGUAACCAAGAAGAACCAGCUUUUCCGCUUGUUGCUGGUAUGUUAUCAGCUUGCUCUGCAACAGUAUAAUUAACUAACUUGCAAGAAUAUCCAUGUUCAUCACAUAGUACAGAUAGAAGACAGGCUAGGAAGAAAUACAGAGGAGAAAUAAUCAGAAUUUAUUUUCUCAGGGUUCUGUUUUUCUAGCAAGUGAUAAGGUGGUAUAUAUGGCAAUUUUUUUUUUUUCCUGGAUGAGGUUUUCAGGUGCAGGGUGCACUCUUUAAAUUUCACAGCUGUUUAAAUUGCUCCUGAAGUUCACCUCAGCAGUAGCUUUCAAAGGCACUUUGGGAAAGAAAAAAAGCAAAAUCAGCUUAAAGCUAAGUUAACUGAUUCCAUGAGCGGGCUGUAGAGUGUAACUGCUUCUUAUUGUACAUGCACUGCAUAGAAUCUAGAGGAAUUUGCUGUGGAUACUUUAAAACCUGUGUGCCAAUUAUUCGAGUUUAAAUUUGUUUUGUGGUAUUGAAGAUUUCUUCAGACAUCUGUGGUUUCAUCAACUUCUUAAACUUAUAUUCAAUAAAGUGCCAUAGACUUUUUUUUUUGAUUGUA